CAUUAAAAAUGAUCCACUUUUGUAUUAGUGAUCAACAAAUUGAAUGGCGUAAUUAUCAAUAUUAAAAACGACCAUUAGAAAAUAUUUGUAUAAUUCACCCUCCUAUAUGUGUUUCCUUAAAUAAAUCUUGAGAGGAGAACAAAGGAGAAAGACUUGUAGAAAUUCAGAGAUAUUAUGGGGGUAGAUGUGCAAUUUGCAUAUAAUUAUAAUAGUAAAAGAGUCUCUCUCUACUACUAGUAGGGUGCAUCAUUUUAACAUGGAAUCUCACUCUCUUGAGUAAGAAGAAAACUCUCGUGCAGCACAAAUCACACCCUUACUCUUAAUAGCCCUCUAACAAGAUGCCACGUCGCGCACUUCACUCCUUUUCAAUUAAUUAUUGGCUCUCAUUCAUGCCAGGUUCUUAUUUUUGUAUACACACUAACAUAUUCCUCACUUUAAUAUGCCACCUGAGUUAUGGUUAUGGUUAUGGUCCCCACUAGAGAUUACUGCCACUUUUUGCUUUCUUCCUGCAAAACCCAAAUUCUUAAACAGAAAAAGAGUCGAUUUCCGUGCCAUUAAAUUCCGCGAAAUCGAAAUCCAAGAAAAGGAAAGUAAUUCAAAACAAUGGAAUUCAAAUCCAAACCUAGAAUUCAAAUCCCAAUUCCAAGCAAUAACACCAGCAACAUGAAACGAUCCGCUUCAUCAAACUCCGAUUCACACUCACACUUCGAAUCGCCCCACUCACCACUCCGACUCCACUCACCUCUCCCGUCCGACCAAGGCGAUCCACACGAGUCGCCUCCUUUCGUCUCUCCGAUGAACUCGCCACAAAAGUCGCCGCCGGUGGAUAACUCCAUGGCAAUCAUCGCCGUCGAUAAGUUCACUCAGUGCACUCCUCAACCGUCUCCUAAACCACAAGAAAAUGCAAACUUUUCUCAAGCUCAGGCGAAGGCUUCGAUGACGGUGAAUAGGGCGGUGAGGGAGGAAGGACCACCUGUCGUCGAAAGGUAUAAGCCGGGAGGCAGAACUUCGGGGGUGGGAGUCGUGCAGCCGGCUGCGACGUGGAGAUCGGGGAGAGAGGAAAAGAUGAAAGUAGCUGAAUUAGGGUUUAGGAUAAGUGAAGUUGUUUUGUGUUUGAUUUCGUUUUCGGUUAUGGCUGCUGAUAAGACUCAAGGAUGGAGUGGUGAUUCUUAUGACCGUUAUAGAGAAUACAGGUAUUGCUUGUCUGUGAAUGUAAUUGCAUUUGUGUAUUCGGGAUUCCAAGCUUAUGAUUUAAGUUAUCAUCUGGCCACUGGGAAACAUGUUAUCGGCCACCAUCUCCGUCGUCAUUUCAAUUUUUUCAUGGAUCAGAUAUUAGCAUAUCUUCUGAUAUCAGCUUCGUCGUCAGCAGCUACUCGGGUAGACGACUGGCAAUCUAACUGGGGCAAAGAUGAGUUCACAGAGAUGGCAACUGCUUCAGUUGCGAUGGCGCUCCUGGCUUUUAUUGCAUUUGCUGUUAGCUCCCUUAUUUCUGGUUAUAACCUAUAUAACAAUGGGUCCACCUGAUUUUAAUGGCACUUUUGAGGUUGUAUUUUAAUAAGAAUAUGGUGAAGGGAAUUGAGAAAAUGUCAAAUGGAAAUAAAUAUAUAUCAUCUUUUUAUUCUGUGUAUAGAGACAUAGCAACUUUUCCCUUACAACUUUUUGUUUUUGUACUUUUAGAAAUAGAUAAAAACAAAUGUAAAAGUUUGGGUUAUCUUAUGUAUAUAGAAUAACUUUUCCCCAGCUAUUAAUAACAGAGAGUAUUUAAUUUUGAGCAGCAA